AUGAUAAAAUAUUCGUUUGUUUUGAGAAAUUGUAUAUAUGUGAGAAGUAAAAGCUGACGAUGAACAAUUAAAAAUACAUAGUUAAUUAGCUUGGGAAUGAAAAAGAACGAUGGCUCGACAUAGUGAAAAGACAAUUCAUAGCAAUGCUCCCCUUUCUUCCUUUCAUCGUUGUUUCCUCCUACCUGUCGUCGCAAUGUAUAUCUCACUUUUGCAUCUUGCUAGGUCAGGGACGUAUCAUCUCGUUAAUUUUCGCUAUUUUUUUACUUGCAUUUUCACCUUAAUCUUAAUCGUAAUCUAUUUAGUAAUAAAUAAAAAAAAAAAAAAAAAAAAGACUAAAAAGCAGUAUUGUUUGUUUUCGCAUAAACGAGUGAUUUGUAAUCGUAUUAAAAUGUUAAUAUAUCUCAACAAUGAAAACUGUGAAUGAUCUGGUAGAUAAAGAAAGAAAGAAGGAAAGAAAGAAAGAUAGAAAGAAAGAAAAAACUUUCGAUUAUAUUGUCGCUUCAUUACCGUAAAGACACGGUUCGUUAAUCAAUUUAAUGUCUUCGCUGUAAGCGUUGUCGCCCUUGACACCGGAGUUUCGCCUAAGUGAACACGGACAAUGUCUGCCUUGAAGUCUUCCUCCAAAAGCCUUUCUCGUAAAAGGCGAGGUACAUGUAGUAGGACAUAGACGUUAGAGAUUAAAAGGUUCCUUCGAUAAUUUUCUUUUCAUUUAUGAAUGAUCGAUUGAAAUAAAUACUUCUUUUAUCAAUCUUCAUUUAAAUUAUAGUUUCUCUUGGUUUUUCGCCGAUAAAAAAAAGUAUAUGGAACGUGUUAUUGUAAAAAUUGGAGUAGCUGCACCCCGAUAAGUGCAAUUUUCAUCCUAUCCUCUUGGAACUUUCAAUUAAGCACCGCUAUACCAAAGAAACGAGCUGAGAUCUCGAGGUAUUUGAAACACUGUUAUAAAGCGGAUCAAGAGAGAGAAAGAGAGAAAAGAGUAGAUAGAGAUUGCGUCAAGUAUCAAUAUUCUCUUGGAAAAAUGUCGGCCAACCGGCACUUGUGAGGAACAUAUUAAAACGAAGAUAAGGUAUACGUAUAACAUGACUGGUUUUACGACUAACGACGGCAGCUUUGAAACGUCAGAGGAAAUACAUAGUUUCUUGGACCAGAUCGUUAAUACCGGUUUAACAUAGAAAAUAGGCCAAAUCAUGAGGAAAAGUAUUAAAUUAAUCUCUUAACAAGUUACUUUCAAAUUUUCCCGCGUUAACAUCGGCUAGUACAAUGUUGCGUCACAUUUGUACUUUUUCGAUUACUUUCUUCCAAGAAACCCUUAAAUAUUUUUAUUACGGUUAGAAGAAUUUUUAUUACGGUAAAGAAGAAUAAGGUAAGGUACGGGAGUUUUAAAGAUCUCUCUCUCUCUCUCUUUCUCUCUCUUUCUCUUCUUAUCAAAGGUCAUUGUCCUUUUCGGAGGGUUUCCCUGUGCAAGAUCUUUACAAGUUUGACAUAUUGAUCUCUAAUUUACUCUGUAAUGAAUCUCAUAUUUGAUCAUUCUAAAUGAAUUAUAUGAAUUUGGAUUUAAUGAUCUUAAUUUGCAUGGAUUAAAAGUUCCUACGAUUGAUAUUUUUCGAUCGAGUUUCUCUAAAGUUAUAUAUACGUACAUACGCAUACAAUAUCAAAACCCACAGGAAGGAAAGUAGACACGAGGGUGUCUUGCUCGGUUAAGAAAGAAAACGUAAUGACGACAAUGGAAAGAGAAAAAAAAAUGAAGAAAAGAAAAGAAGGUUGGACAUAAGAUCGUCACGGAUGGCGAUCAAGAGGGCGUUGUGAUUCGUAAGUAAAGCAGACGUAAGGAAGUAGGAUGGUCACCGGAAGUUCUCCCCCAAAUCGCAUGGUUGGGUACCAUUCUCUUUCUCUAUCUAUCUGUCUCUCUCUCUCUCUCUCUCUCUUUCUCUCUCUCUCUCUCUCUCUCUCUCUCUUUAUCUAUCUAUCUAUCUAUCUGUCUCUCUCUCUCUCUCUCUCUAUCUCUAAAAGCAGCUAGCAGCUACUAGUUGAUAUAACAGUUUGCUAGUAGCGACCUCAACUCGUGCUCGGAUUUUCGUAGAGAGAGAGUAGUCAUACGUAUACUUACGUUCUUCACGGAGUGUGUGUAUACUCUAGCUCUAACUAAAAAGGGAUAUACAAGUAUCAAGAAGAUAGAGAUUAUCGUGAAACAAGGCACGAACUCUGAAAGGAGGAUCGAAGUCACGUUUCACGUGACUCUUUUUCCGUUCUCUACGGAGUCAUUUCUUUUUCUUUUUUAUAUCUGUUUUUUCCUUCUUUUUCCUUUUUAUAUUUUUUCCUCCCAUUUUUGUUCUUCUUUUCCUUUUCCUUUUCAUUCUUUUCGAGAAGUCUUCUCGGAGGAUCGAGGGAAAGAGGAAAUAAAAUCGAACGAAGGCAACGUGAAACUGGAGAAAGAGAAAACGCCAACAAGAUAGAGAGAAAGGGAAAAAGAGGGAGAGGGAGAGAGAUAGAGAAAGAGAAAUAGAUAGAAAUAGAGAAUAGACCACAGAGGAGACACGCGAUCACCUUGCCCCAUGGAAAUCGAGUCGAUGACAAGGCAUUUAUAAGAAAUAUUCAGACUUUAUCGAUAAUGAACAGAUUUAUCGAGUUGGCUUUUAAUUCUUCAAGUGAAUGAUCAUUGAAGAAAAUAUUACACUUUCUUGUCGAAGAAAAAAGAAAGAUAUUCCCACGAUUAACGUAAAACGUUUCCUUUAACAUACGGGUUCCAACUCGUGGCAUGCAUGAAGGAAGAAAGGAAGAAAGAGAAGUAUCAGUGACGUGAAAGAAAUAAAUAAAGAAAGAAAGAAAGAAAGAAAGAAAGAAAGAAAGAGAAAGAGAGGGACAAGCUGUGGUCUCUCCGAAGGAAGUGCACGCGUUUCACCUGCUGAUGCACAGGAAGCCUGCACGUCGAGUCUGCUCAGUCAUCUGUUUACAUCGAAACCGAACCGAUGACUCGGAUAACGCGAGCUUGCUCUUCGAACGAUCCUAUCGAGAGAAGAUGCUUUCCCCCUUUUCGUUCGUGGUUCUAACGAGCACGGAUCUCACUGAGGUUUUGUAGAAAAUAGGAAAGAAAGAAAAAACAAAACAAAAAAAUAUAGGAGCUCGUUAGCGCUCUUUCGUUUUGUUUUAAGACCUUCCAGUGGGUGACGUGCAAAAGGUUCAGAUAGUAACGUGAGAUAAGUGAUUUCAUUCAUCGAUCCCCAACACAUGAUAAUGAUAACAAAGGAUAAAUCAAAGUAAAGAAGGAAUGAGUUUUCGUCGUUGUGAUCGUUCAUGAGAAAAAUAUGGAUAUUUAGGAAAGUUCGUAGUUAAUAAAAAAAAAAAAAAAAAAAAAAAAAAAAAAAAGAAAAGAAAAAAACAGAAGAGGAGGAGAAGGAGGAAAUAAGUUUUAAUCGCCUUGACAAUUUGAAAAGAAAGUAUACGAGAAAAAGGAAGAUGAAGAACAAAUGACAUGCGACCAUCAUCAUCCUUGUCUUCCUCAUCAUCCUCCUCAUAUACAAGACGAGGAUCCUGUUCCAACAAGGACUGUACAUGUCUACUCUGUCGUGAACUGAAGGACUACGAGAUGAGCACUACGGUGGAAGUUCAACAGCCUAUGGUAGACGGUGCCAACUUUAUUCUACGUCGUCCAGUGACGUUCAUUAGCCGUGAACCAACACGAGAAUGGCAAGAAACUAGUGAAUAUGAAAAAACAUCGACCUUGGAGGAUCCUACUCGAAGGAGAUUCGACAAAACUGAAAUCGUCAUUGGAGUUGGCUCGAAAUCAAUGAGGACUAUUGAUGUUCCUCAUAAAACAGUGAUUUAUUUUGGUGACACCAGUCAAAGGGAAAAAGAGAAAAAGGAUUCUACAGAAUCUCAUCAGGAUGAGAUUCCUUUCAGAAAUAUCGAAAGAGAUGAAAACUCAACGUUAGAUAACGUUAAGAAAAGUCAUGAGAUCGUUGUAAACUUCACUCCUAGUAGAGAAGACGUAUUGAGGAUCGAGGAGGACGAAAGCCAGAUCGAGGAUUAUUGGUCCUUGCCCGGGGACACCACUGGGUUCAAGGCUGACUGGAGUUUCGUUCAGCAAUGGCGCCUUAGGGGUCCUGGUGGUGGUAGUGGACGUGAAGUAUACUGUCCCCCAUAUACAAAGGACUUUACAGAAAAUCAGUCGAAAAGUGGCGUCCACAAUAUGGUUCACAUGGUCGCGGAGAGGGAUACGGAUAGCGUUGCGCCUACUCCGACCCCUCAACAUCCUCAUCCCUCGCAGCAUCACCAUCUCAGCUUGCACGAGCUCCGAGUACUUCAGAGGCGACCAGAAUGCGCUGGUAAUAGCUCCUCCGACGAGAAUCGAUCGUCCGGGCACGCAAGCAUGUCGGAUACCGGUGGUCAUACAAGCAGCAGUUCUCCGCCUCAUCGUCAUCACAGGUCGCAUAGUCCUCAGCAACUGAACUCUGUACCAGAAGAUGAUCGACUAUCAGCUUCGGUUACCCAAAGAAAUGGUAGAAGCAGAUCAGGACAGAAUCGUAACAGACAUCGAGCUACUCCUGCUAAGCUACAGGUACCAUGGUCGGGUUCUGGUCUGGAGGACAUAAAAUUAGCGAUUCAGCAACUAACCAUGCGUUCCCACAAGUCUUCCUCGACGUAUUCGUCGUUGAGUGGUUCGGAGAGUUCAGAGCCAGCGGUUAGAAGACUGAUGAGACAUAGUAGUUUAGAAACGAUCAACACUAACGUCACCAGUGCUGACGAAUUCGUUUGGGUUGACUCUCAUAAUAGACUGGUUGAGUUGCAGCAACUACCAUGGACUCAUCAUGAUGUAUUACGAGUAUUACAGAAUGGUCGUACGAGAGAACACAUGGAACAAGUUUCAAUGGAGACCAUUCCUAGACUUUCUUACUUACUUCAACGAGCCUUAGUCAGGAUCAGCCGUGAAACUCAACGAUUGGCUAAGCCUAUUGGUCUUUGUAGCAAACAUGAAGUCUACAGUGCAUUUAAGAUCGUUCUUUGUCCAGCUUUAGCAGAUUCUUGUACAAAGGCUUGUCUACGAGCAGCCGCUAUGUUUGCUGUGUCCGGCGAUCAGUUGAAGCAAUCGAAGGCAUCUCGGUCUGGACUGCAAUUACCUGUUGGUCGAUUUCUCCGUUGGAUGUCGGACGUUAGGCUUGGAAGAAUGGUGCACGAGUAUGCUGCAGUAUACCUAACGGCAGGCAUCGAAAAUCUCUUGGAAGAGAUUUUGUUGCAGUGUAUGCCGACAGAACCACACACGACUCUAACUGCUACGAUGUUAGAACACGUAAUAGCAAACAGUGGUGACUUGUGGGGUCUACUUCAACCUUAUGCUCAUCUUAAUGCUGGCCGUAUUGCAUCUGGUGCCCUCGCAAUGCCACGUUGGGCUAGCGUGAGCUCACUGAAUUCUUCAUCCUCUUCUAGAAGUGGUAAAGAAGCGAUAGGAUCCACGCUCGAGCCUUCCUUUCUAACAACUUGUGUUGGUUCAAUGUCCGAAUUGAUCGAGCUUAUAUCGAAGGUAGCUCAGUCUGGAAGAUGUCCAGUACCUUUAACAGCAAAAGCUUUGAAUGCUUUGUUCUAUUACAUGAGAUGUUCACAAGUACGUAAAUUUUUCUAUUAUAAAGAUCCUUUGAACCUGACGAUAAUAAAUUGCUAUGACGAUGAUCAUUCGUCUUUUCAGCUUGAACAUGGCGAGAGAGGUUCAGGAAUACAAGAGUUAGCUUACGAGAGAGCCUAUGUCGUUCUUCCACCUUUGAUCGAGUGGUUACGUAUAGCAGCAGCUCAUGCCGAGCAUCGACAUGCUCUUGCCGUCGAUCAGGAUGACAUUAAUCAAGCCGCAAGAUUGCUUUUACCUGGCGUCGACUGUCCGGUUAGACCGAUAUGUUCCGAGGAAAUCACAGUUUGCUCGAAACGUAUCGACGACUCCGAGUACGUUCGUCUCUUGACCACGGACAUGGCUUUCAAGAUGUUAACCAGUGGUCGAGAGGAGCUCAUAGCACAGGCGAUGCCAUUGUUACCAUCGACGAAAAUCAACACCGUCAACGAUAGUGGUUUUACCGCAUUGAUGUUGGCCUGUAUCAAUGGUGACGAGCAAGCUGUAGCAGCUUUGUUAGAUGCUGGGGCAGAUUUAAAUAUCGAGAGUCCACCUCCAAGUACUAGUCAAUCGUCUGGCAGCCCAUCGAAAGUAUCCAGUUCUACGAGUACAGCUAUCGUUAGAAGUCCUGUUAAUCAAUCGGUGAUAACAACACCAAGCAAAAAUGGUUCAGCUCCGUCACCAGGCGGUACUCCUUGCGGUAACUCGAGUAACGCAUAUUACGUUCAAACUGGAUUCAAUGCUGAAACGCAACAUUGGACUGCCCUGACCUAUACAGCUUUGCUAGGUCAUUGUAAUAUCGCUAGAAUGUUGCUGGAGAAAGGAGCAGCUGUAGAGGGUGGUGCAAAAGUCAGUGAAGAUAAGUGUACUGUUACCCCGUUACAAGCUGCUACUGCAUCAGGCAACAACGAGAUGGUUGCUUUGCUCUUAGCUCAUAGUGCACAACCGUUCUUGUCUACCUUGAUAAAAGACUCGUUUUCCUAUACUGGUUCAGCUCAACGAGGUUGCUACAGUGCAGUAUCGGUGGCAACGGCGCACGGUCAAAGAAAUUGUCUUCAUCAGUUACUAUCUCAUCCAUUGAACUUCUCAGCAAAACGUGGAGAAAAAGAAAUCUUAUCUUUGGAGGAGAUACUAGCGGAAGGUAAUGCUAGUACCAAUCCUCAGCAACAAACAGUAGAUGGUAAAAGUGGUCACAGAGAGGGUAAAGAACCAGUGUUUAACAAAUUACAAACGAAGGCACUUCAGGAAGCAAUGUAUCAUAGUGCUGAAAGCAAUCAUUUAGACAUUACUAUGGAACUUCGUGGGCUAAAAGUAGGAUGGACGUUACAUUGUUGGAUGCACAGUCUUGCCACUGCUCAUGAAAUGAGAAUAGAUUCGGUCAUAGAUCAAUUGCUUCAAGAUUUUCUACAAGUUUGUCCUGAUGAUUACUCAACGCAAUUCGUACAAGAAUGUUUACCACUUUUGUUCAACAUAUUUCGUUAUAGCAAGGAAGGAACAACGCUUCUACUUGCUGAUAUCUUUUGCACAUGUUUUGGUUGGGAACCAAUCAAACCUAUCAGAGAUACCACACUAUCAAGUGGCUCAAGAAUCGAUCCAAAAUUUGUUAACAAUCCUGAACUAAGUGACGUACAAUUUAGAGUCGAAGGCAGGGUCUUUUAUGGGCAUAAAAUCGUUCUGGUAACAUCAUCUCCAAGAUUUAGGAAUAUGUUAAGUUCAAAAUUAUGUGAGGGCAAUCCUCCUAUCGUACAAAUCAAUGAUAUUAGAUAUCACAUCUUCCAAAUGGUCAUGGAAUUUCUUUAUCACGGGGGAUGCGCAACUUUGGAAGUUAAUCAGAGUGAUGUUUUAGAAUUAAUGGCAGCUGCUAAUUUCUUUCAACUUGAUGGUUUAUUAAGAUAUUGCGAGGCUCAAUGUUCAGCAAUGGUCGAUUUAGAUAAUAUUGUUUCUAUGUACAUUCAUGCCAAGGUUUAUAAUGCGGCACAACUCUUAGAAUAUUGUCAAGGAUUUUUAUUGCAAAAUAUGGUUGCACUGUUAACUUAUGAUGACUCCGUUAAACGUUUAUUGUUUGCUAAAAAAUUACCAAAUCACGAUGUUCUAGCAGGCCUUUUACUUACUCUGCAAGCAAGGAUAAAGGCAAGAAGAUCUCAACAACAAAAUAAAAUUAAAACGUAGAACGUUUUUAAUUCGCCAAGCAAAAUGCACGGGAAAGUAACGUAAGUAGCAAUUAAAAGAAAAAAAAAAAAAGAAAAAAAAAAUUAGAUUCAUUCAAAUAACUCUUAUAAACAUAUUGUAAUUACGAUAUCAUAUAUAUAAUUUUAAAUAUUAAUUACUUGAAAUGUAUAUUAUAUGUAUAUAUCACGUAAAAAAUAGAACAAUGUUUUCAACAAUUGAUAAACAAACAGAUCGAACGAAGUUAAACUGCAUUUAUCGAUUAAGCAAUUAAAUUUUACAUUUAAAAAGUUGAAAUUGACAUUGAUUAUAUUUUUAAUUUAUUUUUUAACAAUAAUAUUUUGUUAACAAUCCAAGACGAAAGUUCCUGUAUUUGCGUCGCUACUUACUGUACGACAUUUAUAAUACAUUUUUCAUUAAUAUAUUUAUUUUCUAAAAAGAAAAAUUAUUAAACACUGAUUGCAAAUAUUAUUUAAUAAAAUGUUAUAAAAUAAUAAGAUUUACUCGAGAUAAAUAACAUAUUAUAUACUUGUAUAAAUGAUAUAAAUAUUAAGAUUCUUAUCUUAUGUUUGUUAAAGUAAAUACUUAUUGAAAAAUAAAAAUUUAAUUAAAUUGACAUAAAACGAAAAUAAACAACAAAUGUUAUCAUUGUUAAAGUGCUAUUUAUUUAGAAUGUCAAUGAAUAUCUAUAUGUACAAUAUGUAGAUUAUAAUCCUAAUGAUAAUGUAAUUGCUGGAUUUUUGGAUUGUGGAAUGCCUAUAAUAUAAUUAUAUAUGAAUCAAGUUGAUUUUCAAAAAGGGACUAUCUCAAUCAACCAUAAUUGAUUCUAUAGCCUUAUAUAUGAUAAAUACAUAACAUUCAAUAAAUUCAAAA